AUGGCAUCAUCAUAUGAUGGAAAUUGUUCAUCUUAUUGGUCGUAUUCACCAUAUCCUUAUAGUAAUAGUUAUGAUACAUCUUCAUCAAAUUCAUCAUAUUUUGAAUCACCUAUGUCAUCAUCAUCAUCAUCAUCUCCACAUAUGAUUAUGUGUCCAGUGUAUGAUCAACAACAACCUGGUUAUUAUUAUUAUUCUGAUGGUACUUUUCCUUAUCACCAGUUAUCACCACCGAUCGUACCAUCAUCUCAAAUUGGUUAUGUUCCAUCAUUAUCACCUCCACUUCCUCGUUCAACAACAAAUCUUCCUAAUCGAUUACAAUAUACCAUUCGUCAACGUUGGUUACUUAAUGAAAUAUUCGAACAUGUUCCUUAUCCUAAUAGUAUUCAAAAGAAUGUUAUUGCCGAUCGAAUAGGAGCUACACGUGAACAAAUUCGUAUUUGGUUUCAAAAUCGUCGACGAAUAUCAGUACAAAGUCAUCGUUCAUCUUCUCGUCGUAUUAAUCCAUUACCAAUCGAUAAUAAUCAUUUAAUUCAAUUGGAACUUGAAGAAAUUUUAGCUGAUCUUGAAUUACAUAAAAAUGCUCCACAACGAAUGCCUAUUGGACAAAGUAUAUCAUCUCGACGUGUUCGUGUAAUGAAAAAAUAA